AAAAAAAGCUUUAAGUUUACACCAUGGAUAGCACCAAGGAGAAGAAUGGCAAUCACAAAGAUGAUCUUCUGCUUAGGGUGGGACUUAAUGAUAAUAAAGCCGGAAUGGAAGGAUUAGAUAAAGAGAAGAUUAACAAAAUUAUAAUGGAAGCCACAAAAGGAUCCAGAUUUUAUGGAAAUGAGCUCAAGAAAGAAAAGCAAGUCAACCAACGAAUUGAAAAUAUGAUGCAACAAAAAGCUCAAAUUACCAGCCAACAGCUAAGGAAAGCACAAUUACAGGUUGACAGAUUUGCAAUGGAAUUAGAACAGAGCCGGGAUCUGAACAAUACUAUAGUGCACAUUGACAUGGAUGCUUUCUAUGCGGCUGUAGAAAUGAGGGACAGUCCAGAAUUGAAGGAUAAACCUAUUGCUGUAGGAUCAAUGACUAUGUUGGUUUGUAUAUUUUUUCCCAUGUGCCACCCAGGCGCCCUGUGGUCUGUUUUCUUUCAGUCUACUUCGAAUUAUUAUGCAAGGAGAUUUGGUGUUCGCGCGGCCAUGCCAGGAUUUAUUGCUAAAAGACUCUGCCCACAACUUAUUAUUGUGCCCCCAAACUUUGACAAAUACCGAGCUGUGAGUACAGAGGUUAAGGAAAUACUUGCUGAUUAUGAUCCCAAUUUUAUGGCCAUGAGCCUUGAUGAAGCCUACUUGAAUAUAACAAAGCACUUACAGGAAAGACAAAAUUGGCCUGAGGACAAAAGGAAGUAUUUCAUCAAAACAGGGAACUCUCUAGAAAGUGAGAAACCAGGAAAAGAAGCUAAUAAACUGAAUGAGCAUGAACGAUCCAUCUCUCCACUACUUUUUGAUGAUAGUCCUCCUGAUUUGCAGCCACAAGGAAAUCCUUUACAAGUGAACUCUGAAGAACAGAAUAAUCCUCAAAUACUCCAAAAUUCAAUUGUUUUUGGAACAUCAGCUGAGGAAGUGGUAAAGGAAAUUCGUUUCAGAAUCGAGCAAAAAACAACACUGACAGCCAGUGCAGGCAUUGCCCCAAAUACAAUGUUAGCAAAAGUAUGCAGUGAUAAGAAUAAACCAAAUGGACAAUACCAAAUUCUCCCUAGCAGACAAGCUGUGAUGGACUUCAUCAAGGACUUACCCAUUAGAAAGGUUUCUGGAAUAGGAAAAGUUACAGAGAAAAUGUUAAAGGCGCUUGGAAUUAUUACUUGUACAGAACUCUACCAACAGAGGGCAUUGCUUUCUCUUCUUUUCUCUGAAACAUCUUGGCAUCAUUUCCUUCAUAUUUCCCUGGGUCUAGGUUCAACACACCUGGCAAGGGAUGGAGAAAGGAAAAGCAUGAGCGUUGAGAGGACAUUCAGUGAGAUAAGUAAAGCAGAAGAACAAUAUAGCUUGUGCCAGGAACUUUGCAGUGAACUUGCUCAAGAUCUGCAGAAAGAAGGACUAAAGGGUAGAACUAUUACCAUUAAACUGAAGAAUGUAAAUUUUGAAGUGAAAACUCGUGCAUCUACAGUUUCAUCUGUUGUUUCUACUGCAGAAGAAAUAUUUGCUAUUGCUAGAGAAUUGCUAAGAACAGAAAUUGAUGCCGAUUUUCCACAUCCCUUGAGAUUAAGACUUAUGGGUGUACGGUUAUCCAGUUUUCCCAAUGAAGAAGACAAGAAACACCAACAAAGGAGCAUUAUUGGCUUCUUACAGGCUGGAAACCAAACUCUGUCAGGCACUGGGUAUAUACUAGAGAAAACGGACAAAGAUCAGUUUCUAAAACCUCUAGAAAUGUCUCAUAAGAAGAGUUUCUUUGAUAAAAAGCGAUCAGAAAGGAAAUGGAGCCACCAAGACACAUUUAAAUGUGAAGCUGUGGAUAAACAAAGUUUACAGACAUCACAUUCAUUUCAAGUUUUAAAGAAGAAGAUGAAUGAGAAUUUAGAAACGUUGGAGAAUUCAAAUAACUCUCAGAUAUUUACCUGUCCAAUUUGCUUUAGGGAACAAAGAAGCAUCAGUCUGGAAGCCUUUAAUAAACAUGUAGAUGCAUGUCUUGAUGGACCUUCGAUCAGUGAAGAUUCCAAUGUGUUCUCAUGUUCACAUGCUUCCUCUACAGAAGUUAACAAGAAGGAAAAUGUACAUCCUUCUUUCUCACUCCAUGAGAAGCAGGAUUAUGAAACCCAUCAGAAGAAUUCAGAAAUCAAUUCAGUAGAUUGUAUAGAGCUAGUAGAGACUGAAGAUAACCCACGUAAAGCAGAAAGUGUAGACAGUUUAAGUGAUAAGCACAACAAAGAGGAAUAUGCUAGUCUUCCAAGCAAAUCAUUUAAUAUUGAGGAACGUUGUCACAAUUCUUCCUCUACUGUUUCAUUGGAAGAUACUGGGUCAUUAAGUUGGCAAGAAUCCUCCCAGCCUCAUUUACAUGAAGUGAUAACAGACCAAGCUCUAGUUUGUCCUGUUUGUAACCUAAAACAAAAGACUUCAGAUCUUACCCUGUUCAAUGUGCAUGUGGAUGUAUGCUUAAAUAAAGGCAUUAUCCAGGAACUGAGAAAGGAUAAAGUUAAUCUAGCUAACCAACCCAGGGAAAGCACCAAAAGUGCUGAUAACUCAGGCAGAGUUCAGAAGACUGCAACAAAACCAAAAAGGCCAGGAUUGAUGACAAAGUACUCAGCAUCAAAGAAAACAAAACCAAACAAUCCCAGACACACUCUUGAUGUAUUUUUUAAAUGAACAUUGAACA